UCAUUUUCCUUACUAAUCUGAGGAAACUUAAGAAUAAUUUAAGGAAUUCUUUAAAACAUAAUAGAGAAAAAUAUGCCUAAAAAUGCAUGGCUUGUACGUGCUAGUGGUAGUAAAUGGUAAAUAUUCUGGUGUGGUACAGGUUAAUGAUUAAUUAACGAUGGUAAAAAAGUGUCGAGCGAAUAAUGAUGGUCACGAUCAUUGUCAUGAGCAAGACAACAAAACUUCAGAAAUGGACAUUUUUAAAGCUGCAAAAUCGGGGGAUCUUCGAAUGUGUUUGUUACUUAUUGCUGCAAAAGGAGAUGAGAUUUUGAAGAAACGUGACUGUAGCGGGCACACACCUUUUCAUUGGGCUUGCCUUGGAGGAUAUACAAAAAUUGUUGAAGUAAUGAUUGAGAAAGGAGCACCAUUAAAUGAGCAGAGCAAGAAUGACCAUGGACCAAGGCCCAUUCACUGGGCGUGCUCACAAGGACAUAUUGUUAUUGUUGAUAUUUUAUUGCAGCAUAACAUACCAAUUGAUGCUCCUGAUAACAAACAAUGCACACCGUUAAUAAUAGCAGCUCAAUUCGGAAAAGCUGACCUUUGUAGUUAUCUUAUUGGUAAAGGGGCCAAUAUUCAUGCUGUUGAUGAAGAAGGAGACACUGCACUCCACUGGGCUGCAUUUAAAGGUUACAGUGACCUUGUUCAGUUAUUUCUGUAUUCUGGCUUUAAUGCAAAUCAAAAGGAUAAAGUUGGUCAGACUCCACUUCAUCUGGCAUGUCUCAGUGGGAAUUUAUUGACUGUACAAGAACUGGUUGUAAUGGAUGUUUCAAUGAAUGAACGUGAUUAUAAUCAGAAAACACCCUUGAUGUUGGCUAUGGGUAGAAAUCACGAAGACAUUGCCAAUUAUCUUUACCGACAACAAAGCAGAUAUAUAAAAUUCACUCUUCGUGAUUUAGUUCUUGGUCCUCCAGGUAGAUCAAAAGCACCAUUCUUAUUUGUGUUGGUCAAUAUUAUAUUUAUUGGAUAUCCUAUUUACUUUUACAUGGUUAUUCCGGAGACGUAUUCAGAGAUGCCUUCUAUUCACCAUUUUUUUAUCUUUUUUAAUUUAACAAUGUGGCUAUCUUUUUAUUCUGCGUCAACGAGAGAUCCUGGUUUUUUGGCUCGUGAUACUGAAGAUUAUAAACUUUCCUUGAAGCAGGUUGCUCUUCGUGACGACUGGUUGGAUAAAACUGAUAGUUCAUUUUCUCGAAUUUGUCAUACAUGUCGUUUAGUUAAGCCUCUGCGCUCCAAGCAUUGUCGUAUAUGCAACAGAUGUGUUCGGACAUUUGAUCAUCAUUGUCCUUAUCUCAAUAACUGUAUUGGUAUACGCAAUAGAGUUAUGUUCUUUUUAUUUGUGGUUUCUCUCUUGUUAUGUUGUUUUAUUACGGUAUAUUUUUCUGUAACUUUGACCCAACGCAAUGGAGCUAACAUAUUAAUAAUCAUUGGUAUGUUGGAGACAAUCAUUGCUUGCGCUGGUGUAUCAUGUUUGAUGCUUGUUCAUGCUGGAAAUAUGUUGGCAAAUCUUACCAGUAAUGAGAGAAUCAACCAGAAACGUUAUUCGUAUUUGAAAGAUUCUGCUGGAAAAUUUUUUAAUCCUUUUGAUCGAGGAAUUAUCAAGAAUAUUCUCGAGCAUUUUCAUAUCAUCAAACAACGCGAAUUAAAGCAUAAUGCCGGAGAAAUCAUUUAAACUGGAGAUGUCGAUGAUUGUAAGGAUACAUGAACAAUUAAAUUGGUUAAUAUGAGAGAAUGGUUUUCCGAUCAAGUGUACUACAAAGUGCGAACAACCUCUUGCUGUUGACAGUUUGGAAAUUCAUCCAGAGAGUCAGCUUCUAUAAAUGGAACUAUGCACUCGUUGUAAUGCUUUACGGAGAGCUUAUUUAAUGCGUAUGUUAGAUUCCCACCUCUUACCCCCACUGGGUUUAGUACUAUUUUUAUUCAAUCAGGUGUCAAUGGCUUGCCUCAAGUUACAUGCUAGGCUAUUCCAGCAACAAGACUGCCUGGUUGGUAUUUCACAUAAGAAUGAUAAGAUCGUCCUGCAGUGUUAUAUUUGCAUUCAAGUAGUUUGCACCUACUUAGUCUGUAAUACCUGACGCAUAUGAAAUCCUGUUAUUAUUGUCACUUUUUAGUUCAUUCACUAUAUUUGGAAAUAUUCUUUUGAUAACAACUACAUUACGAUAAAAACAUUGCAAGUUUACACUUUUUGGUCAUUUUUAUUUUAUAAAGAGUUGUGCGCAAUAUUUUCAUUAAGAAGUUUUGAGGAAAUGA